UCAUCAACUCAAGUUUAUUAAUAUCACUAUUUUAGGAGAAGGCUGAAUUAUGGGUUCUGAUCCCUACUCCGAAUCUUUCUACUCCGAGACAGAAAAGUUGGUACUGGUAAUAUACCUUGGAGCUGUGGUUAUCCCUGUAGCUAUAGUUAUGAACUUCCUCAUGAUCCUCGCUUUCUUCAAGUACAAGAAACUCAGAAUAACAGGAAUGUACUUCAUCUUGAAUCUAGCUGUUAACAACUUGAUAGCGACAACCAUAUCAGCGCCUAUCAUUAUCAGUAGCAUAAUAAAGAAUGAAGAAGGGAGUGGGUACCUAGAGAAGGGUAUAGCAUGUGACAUUAGGGCUCUCCUUGACAACGUGCUCCUUUGUGCCAGCGCAGUUACACUCGCUGUAUCUUCUGUAGACAGAUGUCUCGCUGUUUGCCGGCCCUUUACCUAUCACAAAAUAGUAACGACCCGACGCGCACUGUGGAUCAUAGUCGGGAUAUGGGUGGUGUGCACCUUGGUUGCUCUUCCUCCUGUAGAACUGUCCUUUAUUCCUGGCUACACUAGCUGGGGAGAUAUUGGAUGGAGCAGGUAUACAUUUUCCUGUGCGAUGAAACAAAAAUCAGGAUAUCCUCUCUUUUACUUCUUCUUUACCCUGUUCUUACCAGUGCUGGUAGCUAUUAUCUCCUACACUUUAAUCUUCACUGCAGCUGCAAAAUCUAUACGGCUGAUGGGUAAAACAUACAAGAGUGUAGAGCAAGCUGACUUUAAGAGGAGGAACAGAACAUUAAGAUCUGCUCUCAGGACCUUGGCUCUAGUUGGGGUAUUCGCAUUUACAUUCCUUCCCGUACUGGUGAUAUCAUGUAUUUGGUGGGUUCAGGCACAAGCUAAAAAACAGCCCCUCAACAUCGGUAUCACCGUCGUUAAAAUACUGGUUUGGGUGGUCUACUCUGGGUACGCUCUCAACCCAAUAGUGUACGGGCUCAUGGACAGGAACUUUAGAGGAGCUUACAAGACUUUUAUAAAGUGUAACAUGCAUCAUGACGAGUUCAGGAAACGAGCCCAAAAGCAGCUUUACAGUGAUAUGGAAGAUGAACGGAGAAGGAGUUGCCGGCCCAGUCAGUUUACUACCAGCGCCCAAUUUCCUCCUUCUCGUACUUCUUCUUUCGCUCUACGGAACGGUGGCAAUAAUGGAUAUGACAGUCUUGAUAGGGCCCAGAGUUACAUGUUGACGGAACUGAGCAGUAACGGAGGAACACCCGGAUCAGUAACACACUUACCUAGAUCCCGGUCAGUCAGUGACAAAUCUCCGGCCAACGGAAACGGAGACCUGUGUAACGCACACGGAUAUAAUCGUCUCUCAGGGGGCAGUUCAACAAAAUAAGACUAAGAGCUUGUUAUACCAUGACGGACAAAUAUUUCAUAGUUUUUAGAGAUGCACAGCUACUGCCGAGCCAGUUAAUCAAAAUCCAGAUGAGGAAAACUCAAUGAAGUUGACUACACUGCAAAUAAUGCUCGGUUUUAUUGAAAAGUUUGAAGAAAUUAUUAGAACCAUACAGACCCUGGUGGUUGUAUUACUAUUACUAUUAGCGAUAUUGUUAUCAAAUAAAAAACAUCGAAAUCAAUUGUAGUAAGCUGAUCUGAUUCUGGAAAAUCUAAAGACUUAUAAACUUUCAUUAAUGACAGGAAUUCCGAUGUAAACGACAACUAUGCCGAUAUCAUUCAAUGAUUGUCGAAAAAUUGGCAACUGCUUUUAUUGUGCGAUACGGAUUAUUUCCUCGAACCGUCGCAAUAACAACUUUUAUUUUUUCUUGUCAGUUUUUAGAUCUUUUAUUUUUUAUUUAUCUAUUGAUACUAACUAUGGAAUAUGGAUGAGUGACUUAAACAUAUUUAGAACGGAAGUUAACUAUUUAGGUUUACAUCUUUUAUCUUUUAAUUGAAGCGGUUAUUUUAAUUUUAUUUGAUUUUAAGUUUAGGAAAUAGAAAUCAUACUUUGUUAACUAAACUGAAUAAAAUUAGACCUCCUUUGAAUUGAAUGUUGUUUGUAAUUGGAUGCUGUUUAAAUUUAGUGUUUGACCAGUGAUCUACUUCACAGUUCACUCCUAA